AGGUGCCCUCACCCCUGCAAGUUACUUUACAACGACUCUCACAGAUGUUUUAUAAUCGGUGACUGGGCUCUCUCUCCCUUCUUACACCCUCUGUACACCACACACUUGUUGCUAGAUUUAAGGACGUAAUGGGGCUUGUGAUAUAGCGGGCUAGUGUAGGCUAGAAGCAGUCUCUCUCUCUCUCACUCUCACACAUUGUCUUUUGUUAUGUAAUGCCAUGCUACAUGUAACCCAUUCUCUCUCUUCUGUGACUCUUGACUGUAAUCAAACCAUGAGCCUUGGUCCGGCCGAGCCGCAGGAUGAAGAUUCUAACGAAAGCUUCAAAUCGAAUGCAACACUGGAACUUGAAUACUCGUUUGUUCCAUGCCCGAAAAAGACUGUAUUUGUGAGCUUGAAAAGCAUGCUUAUCAAACGAACUAAUAUCAGAGAUGAAUCUCAGAGAGGUCCGUGUCGAUUGAUGAAUAGUAUUGUGGAAGAUCGAGUUGUACCCGCAGUUUGUGACUCCUCCACAUCUGAUCCCUUCUGUGGUGUUGGUGCAGCUGCUGAUAGUUUUGUUGAUGUCGAUUCAUCUGUUGUAGUUGUUGUCAGCUCAGAUGUGAUCACUGAAGACUCAAAAUGCAUCCCUGAAGAAUCAAAAUUUACCCCUGAAGUGUCAGAACAUAAUCAUAUAGAGUCAAUAUUUCAUCCUAAAGAGACACAUUUAAAACCUGAAAUAUCACAUUUUAAAUCUGAGGAAUUAAAUAUGAACCCUGAAGAUACCUCCAAUCUGAACCCUCAAGACUUCUUUGACUACGAAUUCCCACAAUCAGAAACAGAUACUGUUAACGUAGAAACCGUAGAACCAACAGAAUUCAGUGUGAAGGAAGAAAACGUAGAACCAACAGAAUUUAAUGUGAAGGAAGAAAACGUAGAACCUGCAGAAAUUACUGUGAAGGAAGAGAAAAUCGAACCAACGGUAUCAAAUUGUGAAACAGAAAACAGCAUUUUGUCAACUGAAAUGGGGCAUGGUGCUGAACCUUGUACUGUUGUGAUGACUGAGGAUGUUCUGUGUGACAUACAAGCAAAUUAUACCAUAAGUGAAAUGGAAUCCACAUCAGACGUGAAACCAGACUCUCACGAUUCAACAAGGAUAGACGAAAGUGUGUCUAAAGAUAAAGUAAAAAUGUCUCGAAGCGAACGAUCCCGGUCGAAAAAGUGUUCUUAUUCAAAGUCUAAGUCUAGGCGUUCCUGCUCUAAAUCAAGAAAGCGAUCAAAAUCACGAUCCAAGUCAAAGAACAGCACUCGUCGGAAGUCUAGGUCAGUAUCUAGAAACAGGUAUCGAUCAAGAAGAUCAAGAUCCAAAGGAAAACAUCCAAAGUCAAGAAACAGAAGAAGGAGCAGGUCGAGAUCCAGGCCAAGAAGGAAGCCAAGGUCACUUUCAAUCUCAUUUAAAAAGUCGAGAUCUCGUUCUAGGAGAAAGUCACCACCGCGUUCCAAAAGGAAAUCAAGAUCACGUUCGAGAAAGAAAUCUAGGUCACGCUCAAGGAGAAAAUCACUAUCCCAUUCAAAGAGGAAAUUCAGAGAAAUAUCGAAUUCAAGGUCCAGAAGAAAAUCCAGAUCAAAAUCGCCUCACAAGUCGCUUAAAAGUUCUCCAAAAGUAGAAAAUUCUACCCUUCCAAUUGCUGACCUGAAUGACAUCGCAUCAAUGAUAAAAAUUGAAGAUGUACUCCUCCCCAGUACGAGUGGUGACCAGAACGAGAGUGCACCUAUAAUCAAAGAAGAAAUUGAAAACCCUGCUGAAUCUGUAUUUAUAAAAUCCGAGACAAUGGAUCCACCUGAAGAACAGAAGAGUAUUUUGUCAUGUGACCCCACUCCCAAACCAGCUAACAUUACCCUAAGAUUAAUGAAGAUGGCUUCAGAAGAGUCAGAAGCAGUACCUUGCAGUUCUAAAUGUGAACAGAAACCCCCAUCCUCUGAUCCCAUCAAAUUGAGGGACAAAUCGAGAUCUAGGUCUAGGAAAAGGUCUGACAGAAAGUCUAGAUCAAGGUCUAGAGGGAGAGCAGAUAGUGGUGGUAAAAGAGAUGGAUUGCAAGGUUUCUAUUACAGUAGGUACGAAGUUAUGAAACAAAGAAUACUAAACACACCCAUCAAGGAUUUUCAAAACAUAUCCAAGAUGUCUGGAAUGUCCUCUGAUGGAUUCUUCAACUGCGAGGGAACGAAUAUAGGGAUACCUGGGGCAAACAAGGAUGAUGAGUCUGAUGAGUUUGUUCUCCCUCCACUAAAUUUAAGGGCGACUAGUGGAAGACCUAGCUCCAUGGUUUGGGUAGGUGGAUUACCUGAAGGAUACACCAAAGCAGAAGUGGAACAAGCCUUUGAUAACUUCGGGGCCAUAUCUAAUAUAGUGGUGUCGAAGUCUAGAGCCGCUGGAGGCAGUUACACCCCUGGAUACGCUUUCAUAGAGUUUAAGAAAAAAUCAGCGGCAGAGGCAGCAGUUGCGUUGAUGGACCAGAAAAGAGUUAAAGGAUGCACUAUUAAGGUGGAAUUUGCUCGGUCUCGACACAUGAUGGCCCCUACCAGAAUGAGUCGCAGUCCUAGCCUUCCUCGUAAGAAGAUGAAGAAGCGAGACUCUUCUAGCUCUAGCUCUGCUGCGUCGGCUUCCUCUUCCAGUGAAGAUGACGGAAGCGAUUCCGGUACUGAGCGAAAGAAGAAACUAAAGCGUAAGAUGAAAAAACUAAAGAUGGAGCUGAAAAUAGAAAAGAAAAUGAAGCAGGCACAAGCUUCCAUGGAACAGCCGCCAGCAAUACCCAUGGAAUUGAUUCAGCAGCCGGACUUUUCCGGACAUACUCCGGAUAUGAGUUCGAUGAUGUCUUCUGGAGAUAUCAGAACUCCGAAACUCGGAUCUCAUGAACCCUCUCCAGAAAUCAAAAAGAAGAAAAAGGGUUCAGAUACGAGUAGCUCCGACAGUGCUAGUGAAGAAGAAAUGACGAAAAAGAGGAAGAAAAAGAUGAAAAAGAAGAAAGAUUCAUCUGAUGAGGAACCGCCUAAGAAGAGCAAGAAGAAGCAAAAGAAGGUGGAAUCGGAUUCUUCGGAGUCAGAAUCAGACGAUCCUUCUAGAAAAGAGCGGAGAAGAAAGAUCGAAAAACUGAAGCUUCUGAAAACAGCUAUGAUGAAGGAAUUCAAGAACAGCGACGAUUCAUCUGACUCAGCUGCGGAAAAGAAAGCGAGAAAAUCGAAGAAAGAUCUGAAAAAGGCUAAACUCAUGAAGCUCAUGGACAAAUUUUUAAGUGAAGAGAACUCUGACGCAGAAGAGGACAGUGAUGCUGGCAAGAAGAAAAAGAAGAAAAAAGCGCCCAAAAAGAAAAAACGAGCAAAAUCUUCCUCCAGUGAGUCUGAGAGCGGUUCGGAUAUGUCAGAUUUGGGAUUGAAACUUUCAAAGAAAGAAAGAAAAAUUCUAGAGAAAAAAGCAAAAGAGAAGAUCAUUAAGAAAGCCUUAGCAAAGGCUGCAAAGAAAAGUUGCAAAAAGAAAAAAAGUCUGCAGAAAAGGAGGCCUCAGUUGAAGCUGAAAAGGGGAAAAAGAAAAAGAAGAAGAAAGAUGAGGAAGAGGAUAACUCAACACAAUCAGGACAGUCUGAUAGCGAUGAUGGUAAAGGAGGGAAACGUAAGGAGAAAAAAAGAAAGAAAAAGGAGAAAAUGUCCCCUAGUGUAGAAAGAGAGGCUGAGAACGUUGACGAACGGGCAGAAGAUCCUGGUAGAUCAAAUCCUGAAGUGGAACCUGAGGAGGAAACAAAUGUUGGACGGGUGAAAAAUGGUAGCAAAGCGAGCUCUUCUAAGUGGGACGCCUCAAGAAGCCCUAGUCCUGAAAAAGAAAACAAGACCAGCAGGCGGGUACAUGACGAAACAGAAACCUCCGAGAAACCAGAUGGGCCCAACUUUGGUCGAGGAGCAGCUCACUACAGAAAUCUGGCAAUUAAGACUGAUUUUGACAAAGGUAAAAGAUCAAAAUCGAGGGGUUCUGACUCAGAUGCAUCUCAAGAACGAUCCAGGAACUACAGAGGUCGAUCCUCUUCGAACGAUUCCAAAGAGAGGUCAGCUUCUUCCAGACGUGGCAGGUCUUCGUCUCCAGUGAAAGAGAGAAGUAGAUCAGUUUCACGAGAAAGGAAUAGAAGGCGUUCUCGUAAAUCAGGCAGCCGAUCAGACGACGAUUAUGACUCUAGGAACAGGGAUCACCGCACUACUAACUACCACGAUAACCGCAAUUACCGCGGACGGGGCGGUGGUUACCGCGGCCGGGGCUACUACAACAAUUACAAACCCUACAACAACUACAACCCGAGAUACCGCGGACGAGGGCGGUUCAACAACUACCGUGGUAACUUCUACAACAAUAACUACAACAACAACAACAACAACAACAGAUACGCGGAGAGUAAGUAUGACCGAGACGUGAAGGAGUACCGGGACCGAAGAAAGAGACACUCUUCCUCCAGAAGCAGGUCACGCGACAGACCCUCGUCCAGCCGGGACAGAAGGAGCAAGUCACGUGAGAGGAACAGGAGGUCACGAUCACGUGACAGUGAUCACAGGGAGCACAAGAGGGAGGUGAAGAUGGAUGAGGGGCAGCAGGACCGGGGCCCGGAGAACAGUUCCUCGGCAGCGCCUCACAGCUCAGAGGAUCCCAUUCCUACACAUUCCGAGUUCGAGAGUCAGCAGCCGGAGGUUACCAUUGAUAUUGAGUCCUUGGGCUGAUAGACUGUUUUGUAUCCCAUCAGAUCUGUGAUUAUCUUUUAUAUUGUUAAUAUUAAUCGCUAAGUUUGUCGUAUGCGAGACUACGUUUUUUCAUUUUAUUUAAUGGCACAAACACCAUUGUGUUAUGUGUAUUGGAAUCUUGUGAUAGUGAUAGUUGUUACACUUUCAGUAAUGUUUUUGGUGUCAUGAAUGUGAUGGUUCGUUCUUAAGUUUAAGCUUUACUUUUAAAUUUUAAAUAUCUUCACCAACACUUUAGUUAAAUUACAACAUGUUUUUCAGAGGUUUAUUAAUGGAGCCGGUUAUACGCAACUCGUUAUCAUUGCUUUUUCCUUAUUUGAGCUUUUGGUUUUUAGUUUUGCAGAUAUGUUAUAACGGUAACGUUAGUUAUAAUAAGUAGUAAUUUGUUAUAUUCUACCGUUAUUAUCAAUUGAAAACGGAUUUGUUUAUGGUCCUUUUCUACGCGAUUGAAUUUGAAUACAUUUAUGCUGGUAGCUUCAGAUUUGACUUUUUGAUGUGCGUUUAUUUUUCAAAUGAUUAUUUAUCAACCAUAAAGA